GGCACAGGUGGGAGCACUGCUGGGAACGGGUGGGCGGGGCUAGUGGGCGCACUGCUGGGCGGAACUUGCGGGUGUCACUGCUGGGCACCGAUCAUCAGGGCACUGAUCAUCAGUGCCCUGAUGAUCGGUGCCGAUCCCCGCUCUGACAACUGCCGGUUCUCGGCAGUACUUUCCUCACGAUCUGACAGCUGCCGGUUCUCGGCUGCACUUUCCUCACGCUGUCAGAUCGUGAGGAAAGUACUGCCGAGAACCGGCAGUUAUCAGAGCGAGGAUCGGCACCGAUCAUCAGGGCCACUGAUGAUCAGUGCCCUGAUGAUCGGUGCCCAGCAGUGCCACCCACAAGUUCCGCCCACCUGUGCCCAGCAGUGCGCCCACUAGCUCCGCCCACCUGUGCCCAGCAGUGCACCCACCUGUGCCCAGCAGUGCACCCAUCUGUGCCACUCUGCAGUGUCACACACCUGUGCCCAGAAGUGCCACCUACCUGUGCCCAGCAGUGCCACCCACCUGUGCCACCCACCUGUGUGCCCACCAGUGC